AUCGAUCGAUGUCGCUACAAGUUGUCAAUAGCAUUUAGAAUUGGAAAUGUUAGAAAUUGAAAAAUGAAUCAAAUCAUUUAUUGGAAUUAAAUUUGCUCUGAUUAAUUGUUAAUUUCUUGCUGAUCAUUUGAUUACAAUUGAUAAAAAAAGUUUAAAAGUAAAUAUUGUUAUUGUUCAAACGAGGCCGUCAAUGACUCCACCAACUCAACAACAAUCACCAAAUUCGUUUCUUGCCUCUUUGAGUGCGAGGCUCUUACAAAAUCGUAACAUGGGUGGACAACAACACUAUCCAGUGCCCUCCCGUAGUGGUCCAUUGACCGAUUUGUUUGACGCAGCAACUGUUCACAAUAAUAAUCUACUUGCCAAUUUUAGAGCAGCCAAUUCAUCUCAUUCCAAUUUCGGUAUUCCUACGGUCUCUGAAUCAGGUCGAGGCCCACCAAGUGCCCUUGACCUUAGUGAAUUUCCUUCUCUCAGUGGUGGGUCCGUUAGUGGCUCUUUGUUUAACUCAAAUUCAGGAGCACCAGGUUCAUCUCGUCCUCCUUAUGUUGGCAUGGUUAAAGAUAAUGUACCGACAAGUUCAUCAAGUGGUGAAUUUACUAUUCUAUCUGAAGAUUUUCCAGCGUUACCUGGUUCUACGAUCAAUGUCCAUUCAAAUAGUGGAGGAAGUGGUGGUCAUGACAAUGUUAAUUCUAACCAAAACUCGAGCUCAGGUUUACAAGGACUUCUUAAUUCAUCUAGUUCUGUAGUAGGUAAUUCGCUUAGUUCCAAUAGUGGUACCAGCGUGGGAAGAGAAGGAAACUCUGGUUCUGGAGGUCAGUCAACGGGAUCAAUCACAAUUGGAUCUUCCAUUGUUAAUACAUCUUCAAAUGAACCUUCAUCCACAGGCGGUGUUUUAUCUGGUAGCAGUGGAGUGAUAUCAUCUAGUAAGAAUUUAAAACGCGGGAUCCAAACUAGUAAAGAUGGUCGAGUAACAAACAUACCUGCAGGAAUGGUGACAGAUCAAUUCGGAAUGGUUGGUCUAUUAACGUUUAUCCGAGCUGCCGAAUCAGAUCCUAAUUUGGUCUCACUUGCGCUCGGCAUUGACCUGGCUACCCUUAAGUUGGAUCUCAAUUCUCCUGAAAAUCUUUACUCAACAUUCUGUGGCCCCUGGUCUGAUCAACCCCUGAAACCUCAUGAAAUGGACUAUCCAGUUCCACACGAAUACCUGAUUAACAGUCAAAUAAGAGAAAAAUUAUUGCCUAUUAAGUUAAGUCGUUAUGGCGAUGAUACUUUGUUCUUUCUAUUUUACAUGUUCUCAAAUGAUCUUAUCCAAAUCGCGGCAGCAAGUGAAUUAUAUGCUAGGGAUUGGCGUUAUCAUAAAGAUGAAAAAGUUUGGAUCACUCGUGCACCAGGGAUGCCACCGAUUGAGAAAAGUCAAAAUUACGAAAGAGGAACUUAUUAUUUUUUCGAUGCCAUCAAUUGGCGACGAGUUGCCAAAGAGUUUCAUCUUGAUUACGACAGAUUAGAGAAUCGACCUGUAGCUGCCCCCUACUCUCAUGUGGCUAAUUUAGUGGGACAACAGACAACACCCACCGGUAGUUUAGUCUCUCUGUGAAAGAUAAACGAUAAUUUUCUUUUCCCUCCAUUCCUUAAUCCCCGAUUUCCCUCCCUUACUUUCCUUCACUACUUUUUUAUUGUCACAUUUGUAAAAAUCAAGGAAUAGAUGAGCAUUUUAUGAAAGAUGCACUUUUUUGGCUAUUUGGUCAUUUA